CAUAGUCUUAAUGGCAAGGAUGAUGACGGAUGGACUGUAUUGCACUAUGCUGUUACCAGCGGAACGCUAGAAGUGGCGAAAUAUCUUUUGGAAAAGGGUGCUAAUGUAAAUGGUGAGAAUACUAACGGGAGGACUGUCUUGCACAGUGCUGUUGCUAAAGGUGCGCUAGAUAUAGUGAAAUACCUUGUUGAAAACGGCGCUGAUGUAAAUAGCACGGAUAUUGACGGGAGGUCAGUUCUACACAGUGCUGUAACUGAACGUAAGCUAGACAUGAUAAAAUACCUUGUUGAACAUGGGGCUAAUGUAAAUGGCAAGGAUUCUGAUGGGGAGACAGUGCUGCAUUUUGCAGUUAGUGAAGGUACCCUAGAAAUGGUAAACUAUCUUGUUGAAAAUGGCGCUGAUGUAAAUGGAAUGGAUACUAACGGAUGGACAGUGUUGCACAAUGCUGUUACUGAAGGUAAGCUGGAAAUCAUAAAAUAUCUUGUUGAAAAUGGCGCCAAUGUAAAUGGCAGGUAUACUGAUGGAUGGACAGUAUUGCACUAUGCUGUUUCCAAUGGUACACUAGAAAUGGUAAAAUAUCUUGUUGAAAAGGGAGCUGAUGUAAAAGGUAAAAAUACUGACGGGUUGACAGUCCUGCACAGUGCCGUUACUAAUGGUGCGCGAGAUAUAGUGAAAUAUCUUGCUGAAAAGGGCGCUGAAGUAAAUAUCAGAGAUAUUUAUGGGUGGACAGUGCUGCACAGUGCUGUUAAUCAAGGUGAGCUAGAAGUAGUAAAAUACCUCGUUGCAAAGGGCGCUAAAGUAAAUAUCAGGGAUAUUUAUGGGUGGACAGUGCUGCACAGUGCUGUUACUAAAGGUAUGCAAGAUAUAGUAAAAUACCUCGUUAAAAACGGCGCUGAUGUAAAUGGCGAGAAUACUAACGGGUGGACAGUCCUGCACAGUGCUAUUACUAAUGAACAUGGCGCUGACAUAAAUUGCAAGGAUGCUGAUGGAUGGACCGCCCUCCACGCUUCUGUCGAUACUGGUGUAUUAGAAAUUGUUGAGUAUUUAGUUGAGCAGGGUGCUGAUAUAGCACUUGAAAGUAAAAUCAGCGCUCAUACUCUUGGCACUGACAUCAUGAGAAUGGCUGUUGUGAACAAUUCAGUUGCUUUGGUCAAUCUCCUGUUGCAAAAAAAAAUCGUUGUGUGGAGAGCUGGAAAACUGCUUGUUGAGGGAAAGCAAAUGAGUCUUCUUGAAUGGAGUAUUUUCCUUGGUCAUGAUGAAAUUCCGAAUAUUCUCAAAAGGUCCGUAAAACAUCGUGAAAAAAUUCAGGUGUUGAAAACAACGAACUUCAACCAGUUAGAAAAGACUGAAAUACCGAUGGAAGCUUUUGUCGCAAAGAAUCAAUUCAAAAUUGGUGAUGGUGGUUUUUCUUGUGUCUAUGUUGGUCUCAUGAAAGAUCAAAGUGAAGUUGCUGUUAAGAGAAUUGUGGUGCAAAGAAACUCGGUGAAUUUGAAGAAACUUGGUUUGAAGAAAGCUCGAAAGUUUGUGUCAUGGCUGAUGAAUCAUAAAAUUGAUAAGAGACCUUAUGCUCACGAAGCGCUGAGGGAUCCUUUUGUUUAUAAUACAUAA